AUGACGCGCCUGGCUGUGUCUGAAUUACCCUGCACAGGCCGCACGCCCCGCGCCGCGCCGCUUCAUUUCUCUUGUUUUGCAGCCAGAGCCUGGUGCCAGGCGGCCCAGAAGUUCACAGGAGGAAUCGGAACCAAACUCUGUGCUUUACUCUAUGGGGAUGCGGAAAAGCCCAUGGAAACCGGAGCAAAGGAGGACCCGGGCUCGGAGGAGAAGAGGCCGGCCUGCACCUGCAACAGCAAGCCCUGCAGCUGCCCCAAAGCGGAUGUUAAUUAUGCAUUUUUACACUCAACAGAUCUCCUGCCCGCCUGCCACGGGGAGGUGGCGACCAUGUCUUUCCUGCAAGACGUCGUGGACAUUUUGCUUCAGUACGUGGCGAAAAGUUUUGACCGAUCAACCAAAGUGAUUGAUUUCCAUUACCCAAACGAGCUGCUCCAGGAAUACAACUGGGAGCUGGCGGAUCAGCCGCAGACCUUGGAAGAGAUUUUGUUGAACUGCAGAACGACGCUGAAAUAUGCCAUUAAAACAGGUAACGGACCGCCGAGAUUUCCUCCUGCUGCCGCCGUGAUCCGGAGGCCUGCAGCCGCCCGAGGCCCCGCGCUCCGUGUCGCCGGAGCCCGGGGGCAGGCGGCCGAGCCGCGAGGGGCGUCCCGGGCCUCGCCUCUGCCCCCUCCGCCCCACGCUGGAGGGACCGGAUUGUGA